AUGUUCCGGUUUACGCGGAUGGUGAUGUCUGUCAGCAGCGGGGUGGAGACCGUGGCCGAACUCGACGGCGUGGUUGUGGCCAUUCACGGCUUUCCGGGCAAUAGCCAGGACUAUCGGUACAUGGGUCCGCUGUUGACGGAGAAGAAUAUGGCCAUGAUCCGGCUCAUUGUGCCGGGCUUCAACGGGACGCCGCGCCUCUCGCCGCCGCCGGCAUCGUCGGGCCUCAACAUCAACGACGUUGUGGCGCAGCGGCUGCUCGACAACGUCGCCGGCCUCCCGGCAUCAUCGCUCGGCAGCGCCUCGCCGCAGGGUGCACGGCUGCUGGACGAGAUGGCGAGUCACGACGUGCCUCUCAUGCUGGUGGGACACUCGUUCGGCUCUGUCCUUGCGACGGCUGCGCUCAAUCUCGUCACGCCGCCUGCCGGCCUGCGUGUGGGCGGCGUCCUUCUUGCGCCAGUUGGCUACCGCAAGCACCGCGGCCUGCGGGCGUCACCCGAGGCUGUGUUUUGGCUCGGCCGCCACCUGCCGUUUGUGCUCGACUACUGGCCGUUCCGGGACCAGAUCUGGAAGGGGUUCAAAGCCUUUGGCUUCCACCGGACGACGGCGUACGAGUGUGUGACGGCCAUGAAGUACGUGGCGCACCUCGACUUUGACCGCCACAAGGCCCUCGGCGCGGCUGUUCCCUGUCCGCUCGCAGUCUGCUACGCCACCGACGACAAGCUCAUUGAGCCGGAGAUCUUCCAUGACAUUGUCGCCAAUCUCGAGCCCGAGGUUGUCCGCGAGCUGGACUCGGGUGGACACAACAUCCAGAAAGACCGCGUCCACGAUGUUGUUGACGCCCUUGUUGAGCUGCAGGCCAAAUUGCCGGCGUUCCCGGCGUCUGGCAGCCGAAACUGA